AUGCUACGCGGAUCAGCUUCGGCGGCCAGCCGAGAUCGCGUGUUCGCGUUGGCGGAGGACCACCAGCAGUCCUACCUCACCAAGUGUGCGGACCAGAGCAACAAGCGUCGCGCCGAGUUUGCCGCCCGUAUUCCGGCCAUCGCGGCGCAGGUGGCAUCUGAGGUGUUGGUGGCCGUCGCAGAAGCGCUACGGGCCGCGCGCGCAGGGUACCACGAGUACCUCGACCAUGCGCCAACGACUACAUCAACCCCAACUGUGUCUCUGGCGGACGACAACGCAUCUGUUUCUGAUGCAUCCGUGGUGGUCUCUGCUCAGAGAUCGGCAUCAACCUUCACGCAGCAACAACAACAGCAGGAAGAAGAGGAUGCGCCGCGCCAGACAAUUGAGAACAGAGACGCCAGCGUCCUCGCUGCUUGGAUGCCCGCCACAUGUUCGACACAAUGCCCAAGCCGUGCCGCCAUCGUGUCGGUGCCGGCACCCGCUUCUCCCGCAACACCAGCUUCGUCCAAGGUCACCAUCAACGUCGUCGAGCACUACUGUGUCGGCCUCGAGCCAGCGGCCUCGACCUCGACGCCGACCACCACACUGGACGUCUUGGGUGCAUGCUCAACAGCAGCGAACUCCCACACGCACAAUGCCAUCUCCACCACCAUCAUUCCAACCCAUACCUCUACAUUGGGCGACAUGGCCAUGGAUAUCUCAAUGCCAACCCACACCUCUACAUUGGGCGACAUGUACUCUGUUGACGCGUCGGCCGCCACCUGCUCGACCGCGAGCCCAGGAGGGGACAAUGCUACAACUCUUGUCUCUGUUGCUGCGGAGGCGUCAACAGCAAUCGAAAUCGCUCCAAGUGUGGCCGCCCCAUUGGUUUGCCUGGGUGAUCUCCACUUCAAGCUGUACACAGGUGCCAUCAGCAUGUUCCAAAGUGUUCCUACGUCAACGUCUUCCAGGUGUUCUGCAAAAAGUUUAGACCAAGCCACCAACAUGGAAUUACCAGAAUCUGCACUCGGCGUAUGUCCGCCCACAAGAGUAGCGUGUGCCUACUUCCACUCUAGUCUUAUGCCACUAAGUGCUACAGUUUUGAGGAGUGCUCGUGUCCAGAAGGUCAACAGGUUCCAGUUGCUCAACAAUAACGACAACAUCAGUGUCACCAAGGAGCAGGACAAGUGA